CCCGCCUCAUUUUCCGAGCCCGAGGUCCGGGUCCUGAGCGCGCAAGCGGUCAAUUCGCUGAUGCGCAGUCGGAUUCGCUCGCACGGGUCCGCCAUGCCGGCCGUUUCGCCGAACAACGCCGACUCCUUCGUCUUCGAUGACUCGCCGCUGCCCAGUGAUGAGGAGGACGAGCAGCACUCCUUCGACACGGAGAUCUCCUUCGGCUCGGGCAUGCACCACAUCCAGCGGGCCGACGGCAUGAGCCGCCCCCGGCGUCGGCCAAAGUCCUCGCUCUCGGUGACCGACAGCCCCCGGAGUCCGGGCGCCGGUUCGAGCACCUCCUCCGCCGGCGACUACCGUGAUGGCGGCGACAGUGGCAGCCGGUCUGGCUCCGAGUCGCCGCCCGAGGUGGUGGACGCCUUCCCUGGUGGCGAGAACCCGACCUGGGCGCGGGCCUUUGUGGCCCUGCUGCCGAGUGUCGUCACCCUUUCGGCUCUCUGCUGCGGGAUCAGUUCAAUUCGCAGUGCCUACCUCGGUGAUUACCACAUGGCCGUGGGGCUACUGUCCCUCUCGGCCGUGCUUGACGGUCUUGACGGCCUGGUGGCUCGUCUGCUCAAUGCUACCUCGCAAUUUGGCGCGGAGCUUGACUCCCUCUGUGAUCUGGUCGACUUCGGCGUGGUCCCCUGCGUUGUGGUCUACCUUUGGGCCUCUCGCAUUGAGGACUCCGUGAUCUCGGAUCUGCACUUGUGGAUGUGCGGGCUCUUCUAUGCGGCCUGCUGCGCGUACCGGCUGGCCCGCUUCAACCUCACCAACAUCCUCUCGCCGAAGGCCGUCACCUACAUUGUCAGCCAGCGCCACAUUGCUCGUGAGCAGGCCGAGGCCAAUGGCCCGGCCACCAGCCCCGACCCGGCCCCCACGCGGCCGCUUUCCCGCCGCCACUUUGCCUACUACCGCGCCCUGCCCCGCCGGGCGCUGACCGGUUUCCGCAUCCGCGGCCAGCGCAUCCUCGAUGACUAUGUCUCGCGGCAGAAGUUCUUCCGCGGCGUGCCGGCCCCCAUGGGCGGGGCUCUGGCCCUUCUGCCGAUUGUCCUGUCGCUGGAGCUGGCUCACGGGGAGCAGGAUCUCACCCUGCCCGCUUGGCACCGUCGGUCCCUGGGCGAGGUGGCCGGCAUGCUGUUCGGCUCGCGCGCGGCCCGGUGGUGCCUCCCCCCGGGGGUGGGCCCGGUGGUGCUGGACGCGCGCGUUGUCGCGGCCAUCGUCCUGCUGUCUGUCGGCGUGCUGAUGGUCAGUCGCCUGCCGACCUUCUCCUCGAAGAUGAUUGUCCGGAACCCGGUCACCGAGUCGCACCUCCUCCCGCCCAAGUCCCCGCUCAUGGGCGUCCUCCGGAUUGCCAUCCUGCUGUUCAUCGCCGGUAGCCUGGUUCUGGCCCCCUGGCGCUUUGGCCUCCUUUUCAGCCUGCUCUACAUCGGCUCCCUGCCGAUCGGCCCGAUCGUCUGGCGGGCGGUCGACUGAGGAAAAGAGGGGCCCCGGUAUGUGUGUGUGUGUGUGUGUG